ACCGGAAGAUAAACAAACUGAAGUGAAACAGAUUUGUUAAAGAAAAUAUUUUCAUACUUCCUGUGACAGUGAAUUCAAUUAUUACCAUAACACAAUUUAGACAAGAUUUCCGCGGUUGGGGAGACGGGAUUUCACUCGAACAAUCUUUUUGGGACCUCUCAAAAAAAUCUAGCGAACUGUCGUGCACACGUUGCCACGCAUUCUUUCAUUGCUGCAUGACUCAGAAGCUCUACACAUAUGGAGCAAAAGCUUGCGGAGUUCAGGGCCCGAAGAAGGGCUGAUGUGGCCGCUAGGAAGAGCGAAUCUUUUCAAAAACAACCAAUAACAUAUUCGGACAAUGGCAGCACGUUGAAGUCGGACAGUUGCCAGUCAUCAACAGCUGAUCCAGACACACAGCAGUUGACAGAUAAUCCAAUCUCUGCUGUCCAUCAGGCUAUAAGGACUAAACAUUGGGGGGAUGACUGGCUGCUGGAGAGCACUCUGGGUCAAUGGCUUGGUUCAAAGCGGAUGGCUUUCACAAAUCUGACUUUGCUGAAGGUGUUGCUUUGGCUGGUUCUACUUGGGCUGUUUGCCGAGCUGGAAUUCGGGUUGCCUUUCUUCCUAAUCUCCCUCUUCUACUGGCUGUAUGAGGGGCUGCGGAGCCCAACUGCACGCCAACCUGGAGAAAUGAGUGCUUACUCAGUGUUCAACCCAGACUGUCAGCCUCUCCUGGGUGCACUUACAGCUGAGCAGCUAGAGGGAGAGAUGGGCUACAGACCACUGGCCAACAGAUGAAACCUCUCAAGACACUCAAACAACUGACUUUAAUCUGAAAUGGAAUAGCUACUGUACUUUAAGCUUCCCAUUGUACUAAAAAGGAAUUGGCAAUGUAUUUCUUUGAAUGAAGCACAUUGCUGGUAUUGAUUUUGAAGUCAAAUGGAGCCUAUUCCAUACUACAAGAUCAUUCACCACUAGUGCACAUUGAUGAUGCUGGAAAAGUACUAUCCGCUUGUAAAAUUGUAUUACUGUACUAGGACCUGCUCUUUACUAUUUUGGUCUUAAAACAUGUAAUAGUCAUCUGUAUUCAGAUGACACUUAUGUAUGCCAUUGCAAACUGUUAACCAGGAUAGAGCUGCAAUGCGAUUUUGUUGCCUUAUAGAAAGCCCUGGUUGGUUUAAAACUUGAACUUAAUGUGGGCAAGACUAAAUAUGUGUUCUCCAAUUCUAGCAAAAACAAUUCAGAUGAACUACAUAUUUAUUAAUUGGAUUGUUCUCCUAUUGAUCGGGUUCCUGCCUAUACAUAUCUGGGCAUUCGGAUUGACAAAGAUCUAAUGUAAAAAAAUAUAUAUAUACACUUAUGGGUGAGCUAAUGAAAAAGCUGAGAUUUAAAGCGAGCUUCUUUUUUUUUGGAAAUACAGUGCAUUUCAGAAAGUAUUCAGACCCCUUGACCUUUUCCACAUUUUGUUAUGUUACAGCCUUAUUCUAAAAGUAACUAACCCCCCCUCCAACUACACACAAUACCCCAUAAUGACAAAGUGCAAAAAUUGUUAUUUUUACAAAUUUAUAAAAAAUAAAAAAUGAUCAAAUUGAGAUAAGUAUUCAGACCCUUUACUCUGUACUUUAUUGAAGCACCUUUGGCAGUGAUUACAGCCUUGAGUCUUCUUGGGUAUGAGGCUACAAGAUUGGCACACCUGUAUUUGUGGAGUUUCUCCCAUUCUUCUCUGCAGAUCCUAUCAAGCUCUGUCAGGUUAGAUGGGCACAACUAUUUUUAGGUCUCUCCAGAGAUGUUAGAUCGGGUUCAAGUCCAGGCUCUGGCUGGGCAACUCAAGGACAUUCAGAGACUUGUCCUGAAGCCACAGCGUUGUCAAAUUUAAUUUAAUUGGUCAAAUAUUUAGCAGGUGUUGCAAAAUGCUUGUGUUCCAACAGUGCAGUAGUAUCUAACAGUACACAACAAUACACACAUGUAAAAGAAUGGAAUUAAGAAAUAUAUAAAUAUUAGAUUGAGCAAUGUCAGAGUGGCAUUGACUAAAAUACAGUAGAAUAGAAAACAGUAUAUUGUCUUCAAAGCGGGCGAAGGUGUUUAGCUUGUCCGGAAGCAAGACGUCGGUGUCCGUGACGUGACUGGUUUUGCCUUUGUAGUCCAUGAUUGUAUCCCGAGAGAGACAUGUUUCUGCGAAACAGAGUAUGCCGUAAUCCCUAAUGUCUCUCUGGAAGGAAAUCCUUGCCCUGAUCUUGUCUACUUUAUUAUCCAAAGACUGAACAUUAGCGAGUAAUAUACUCGGAAGCGGUGGAUGAUGUGCACGUCUCCUGAGUUGGACUAGAAGUCCAUUCCAAAUACCUCUUCUCCACCGGCAGGGUUUUGGAGCACCCUCUGGAAUAAGUUCAUUUGCUCUGGGGGGUAUGAACAAAGGAUCUAAUUCUGGAAAGUCGUAUUCCUGGUCGUAUUCCUAGUUUCCGGCUGUAUGUAAUAACACAAACAUUUUCUGGGCUAAUAAUGUAAGAAAUAACACAAAAUAACAAAAUACUGCAAAGUUACUUAGGAGCUAGAAGCAGAGCUGCUAUAUCUGUCGGCACCAUCUGUCUUGGCUGUGUGCUUAGGGUCGUUGUCCUUUUAGACUGGGGCAAAGGUUUACCUUCUGGGGUCCGGAGCAUUCUGUAGCAGGUUUUCAUCAUGAUUACUCUGUACUUUGAACCGUUCAUCUUUCCCUUGAUCCUGACUAGUCUCCCAGACCUGCCUCUGAAAAACAUCCCCACAGCAUGAUGCUGCCACCACCAUGCUUCAACGUAGGGAUGGUGCCAGAUUUCCUCCAGACAUGGCGCUUGGCAUUCAGGCCAAAUAGGUCAAUCUUGGUUUCAUCAGACCAGAGAAUCUUGUUUCUCAUGGUCUGAGAGUCCUUUAGAAGCCUUUUGGCUAACUCCAAGCAGGCUGUCAUGUGCCUUUUACUGAAGAGUGGCUAUCGUCUGGCCACUCUACCAAAAAGGCCUGAUUGGUGUAGUGCUGCAGAGAUGGUUGUCCCAUCUCCACAGAGGAACUCUUGGCAGUGCUGCCAGCUCAACGGAGUCUUGGUGGUUCCAAACUUUUUCCAUUUAAGAAUGAUGGAGGCCACUAUGUUCUUGGGGACCUUCAAUGCUGCGGACAUUUUUUGGUACCCUUCCCCAGAUCUGUGCCUCAACACAAUCCUGUUUUGGCAUUCUACAGACAAUUCCUUUGACCUUAUGGCUUCAUUUUUCCUCUGACAUGCACUGUCAACUGUGGGACCUUUAUAUAGACAGUUGUGUGCCUUUCCAAAUCAUGUCCAAUCAACUGAAUUUACCACAGGUGGACUCAAGGAUGAUCAAUGGAAACAGGAUGCACCUGAGCUCAAUUUUGAGUCUCAUAGCAAAGGGUCUGAAUACUUAUGUUAAUAAGGUACUUGUUUAUUUUUAAUACAUUUGCAAAAAUGUCUAAAAACCUGUUUUCGCUUUGUCAAUAUGGGGUAUUGUGUGUAGAUUGAUGAGGAAAAAAUGCCAUUUAAUCCAUUUUAGAAUAAAGCUGUAACGUAACAAUGUAAAUGUAAAUGUAACAAAAUGUGGAAAAAGUCAAGGGGUCUGAAUACUUUCCGAAUGCACUGUAGAUCUUGCCUAAAUAGCAGGAAUCAGAUUGUUUAGUCAACUUUCCUUCCAGCUCUUGACUGUGGUGAAACCAUUUAACAGAUUGCAGCUGCCGCUACUCUUAAACCUUUGUCUGCUGUCUACCAUAACUCCUUUUUUGUUUACAAAGAGAGAAUAAUGAUGUGAUUGGGAAUGAGACACUGAUCUCAAUUGGGCUACCCUGAAUAAAUAUAAGUAAAACGCA